UUUAAUUGAACGAUACUGAGAUGCAUCUAAGCUGAACGCAGCAAGGAUGCACCCAAAGGUUUUUAUUUCACUAUAUAAAAGCAUGAAUAGGUGGUAGAGACUAAUUAUGGAGGUGUCGAGAAAAGAAAGGAAGGAAAUAAUGGAGUUGGAAAGCCUGAAGAAAUUCUUGUUCAAGAACGCGAUGAAAGGAAGAUGGAAAGAAGUGGUGAAGAGGUACGCAACGGAUGUUCGAGCUCGGGAGGUGAAAAUCACGAAGCGUGGAGACACAGUGUUGCACGUGGCGGUGUGCGACGGGCAAGUCGGGGUAGUGGAAGAGCUGACGACAAUAAUAUCGGCCGAGGAGAAGAAAGGAGGUGAGGAGAAUAAUAGUAAGAAAUUGGUUGCAAUGGCAAACGACAGAAGCGCCACGGCGCUGCACUUAGCGGCUACGCUCGGGAAUGUGAAAAUGUGUUAUGAUAUAGCGAAUGUAGAUCAUAGUUUGGUGGGGAUUAGAAACAAUGACGGCGAAACGCCGCUGUUCUUGGCGGCUUUGCAUGGCAACAAAGAUGCUUUUCUUUGCCUUCACUCAUUCUGUGCUCACACAACGGAUCACUGUCGAAGAUCUAAAGAUGGGCAGACCAUUCUUCAUUGUGCCAUUAUGGGUGAUUUUUUCGAACUGGCACUUUAUAUCAUAAAACUAUACAAGGAGUUAGUGAACUCAGUGAAUGUGCAAGGUUUCACUCCACUCCAUCUUUUAGCCACCAAGCCUUCAGCUUUCAAAAGUGGAACCCACUUAGGAAGAUGGAAGAUGAUUGUUUAUCAUUGUGUAUUUGUUGACGAAACGAAGAUGGAUCCAACGUCAUUUCUUCGGGGUUUUCUGACAAAGCCGCUAUCGUUUCGCCGACGAUUGCUUCCACCCAACUACACAACAUGCGCCCACUUCUUCAAUUUUUUGUGGAAAGCAUUUCGAUUGGUGUGUAGUGUGGGGAAGACGGAGAAAAAUCCAAACAACAAUGAUGAAGCUAAAGACACUAUAGAUGCAGAGAAUCCUCAUCAAAAAGAUGAGUAUGAUUUAACGGUGAAACAUCAUGGGCUUGCAAUUUUCCCAGAAAAUUAUGCAACCUGCUUCAACUUUCUCAAAUUGGUCUCCAAGGCCGUGCUCAUAAUCAUGGGGCUAGGAUCCAGAGGAAUAAAGAAGAUUGAAGAGAAGAAAGAGAAGCACAUGUGGUCAUAUGAAGUUAUGAACCAACUUCUAAAAUGUGCUUCAAUUUAUGAAUAUGAUGACAAUGGAAGUACACCAAUGGAAACUACACAAGAGGAAGAAACACAACCUUAUAACUUUGCCAAUGGCAAUGUCACAUUUGAUGAUUACAACAUCUCUCAACAUGGAGUACCUCCACCACCACCACAACAACAACCAAACAUCAUCUCCGACUUCUACGACAACGUUAACCACGACGUAGUAGAAAACAAAGAAGGAGCAGCAACAACAACAAUUAUUAUAGAAUCAAAGAGCAGCAUUGCUGAUAAAAUCCUAAAACAUUUCCCAAUAAGCAUUGGAGACAAGAACAAGAACAAGAAAGUGAUUCUUAGAGCAGCAACAACUACAUCAAAUACAGGGGAAAAAAUAGAGCUUCAUCAUAGUCAAAAUAUGCAAUAUGUAAGACAAGAAACCCCUGUGUUGAUAGCAGCAAAGAAUGGAGUGGUUGAAAUGGUAGAGAAAAUCCUUCAUUUAUUUCCUGUGGCAAUUCAUGAUCUUAAUGCAGACCAAAAGAAUAUUGUUCUGUUGGCUGUGGAGAAUAGACAUCCCCAUAUUUAUGAACUAUUGCUCCAUAAAAAUAUUCUAAAAGAAAGUGCUUUUAGAAUGGUGGAUUCUCAAGGAAACAGUGCUUUGCACCUUGCAGCAAAGCUUGGAGAUCAUAAGCCUUGGCUUAUCCCUGGUGCUGCCUUACAAAUGCAAUGGGAACUUAAAUGGUAUAAGUUUGUGAAGGGAUCCAUGCCACCAAACUUCUUUCCCACAUACAACAAAGAAGGAAAGACUUCAAAAGUAAUGUUUUGUGAGACUCAUUGUCAGCUAGUAAAAGAUGGAGAAGCAUGGCUAACAAGCACCUCUGAAUCAUGUUCUUUAGUAGCUGCCUUAAUCGCAACCGUCGCGUUCGCCACCUCUGCUACUGUCCCGGGCGGCAACGAUCAAAAUCAAGGCACCCCUUUACUCCAUGGCAAACCCGCCUUCAACAUAUUUGCCAUAGCAUCACUCAUUGCCCUUUGUUGCUCAGUAACUUCUUUAGUAAUGUUUCUCUCAAUCUUGACCUCAAGAUUCCAAGCAAAGGACUUUGGAGGCAAUCUUCCAACAAAGCUUUUGUUGGGAUUGUCGUCUCUUUUUGUGUCAAUUGCAGCAAUGUUGGUUUCGUUUUGUGCUGGGCAUUACUUUGUGCUUAGUGAUAAGCUUCAAUAUGCUGCAUUGCCUGUGUAUGCAGUGACAUGUUUGCCAGUGACAUUGUUUGCCAUUGCGCAAUUUCCUUUGUAUGUGGAUCUUGUGUGGGCUACUAUUAAGACUGUUCCUACCAGAAGCUAUUCAGCUAUCUCACCGAUCUAGACUUUUCUCCAGUCAUUUGUGGGGUUGAAUUUUGGAAAGGAAACUAUAUUUGGAUGCUUUCGGGUGUUGGACCAAUAAAUUGAUUCAUUGUCAUUUGUCACGUGGUAAAUUCUUCUUCCUUUUUUUUUUAAAUAUUUUCAAUUCAUCUUUUGUGUAUAGUUGGUGGGAGAUGCAUGAAGAUGAGUACAUUAUACCCAAAUUUUUCUCCGUUG